UACCUUUACAAGAAUGGUGCGGUGCUGGUAGUGAUCACCAACGGGCAUGGCAGCAGCGACUUUGCUCGAGGCAAUUCGAAUCGUGGACAAGCUUGGCACAAUAUCCACUUCCAGCAAGGUCUGUAGAAACCAACAUAGGAUCCUCAUCGCGGCGGUCGGCUAUGUCCGAGACUACCUCAAGCAAAUCCAGGAUCUCAACUUCGCGAGCAACGGGCCAGCCUUCGUGUGGGACGAAACCGUGGCUGUCCUUAACAGAGGCCUCCAUCUCCUCAAGUCGUGCCAAGAAGGCAAUUGGAUCACGCGGAGCCUCCUGUUCGAGGAAAGCUGCAAUGAGUUUCAGAGCAUUUAUCCCGAGAUCUACAACUGCGUCGAGCUCGUCAGCGUCUAUCUCUUUCAGCUGGCACCGUCCACCUCGCACAGAUCCAGGAUUGCCGAGGCUUACAACUCGUGCCUCAUGAGGCAGAACUCGAGCAGCAUGCUGGAAGAAGCCGAAAGGAACGAUCGGAAGGAGCUCAUGACUCUCGCAAUGAGCCAAGAGCCGGGAAGCCUGACGACUGAGACAGAACGAGCCAAAGAGAUACUCUGCUCCAUGCUCCUGGGAAACAAGUCAGUGAUUAACCACAAGGAACUCAAGCUGACAACACACCUGGGACAAGGAGCUUACGGAACCGUGUACGAAGCAAUCUGGCUCGGUCACAAGUUUGCAGUGAAAGUCUUCCCUCAAGGUGACACCAGCUUCGCCAAAGAGCUCGCGGUUCUUGAAGCGGACAAGCAUCCCAACGUGUUGCACAUCGCCGGCCAUUGUUUCGAUGAAGAGAAGCAGCGGUACUCGCUGGUGAUGGAGAAGAUGGAGAUGGACCUGGCAAACUACCUCCUCAAGAAGAAGAACUCUCUCCCGUUGCUGUCGAUCGUGGCAGUGAUGCUCCAAGUUGCUACUGGCAUGGCCUGGCUUCACUCGAAGAAUAUAAUCCACCGGGACCUCAAGCCGCAGAACAUCUUGGUUGGCGAAGAAGACAACGAUCUCGUGAGUAUCAGGAUUGCCGACUUUGGAGUCUCGAGGCCAAACUUCAUCUCCUCCCAGAUCGAAGCCGUUAGCAUCCAAGGCACCAGGAACUUCAUGGCACCGGAAGUGUGGAGCGGCGAGCGCUACACGAAGAAGGCCGACGUUUACAGGUACGGGAUGCUGAUUUACCAGCUUGUCACUGGAAACGUUCCGUUCGAGGACGGGAUGGACAUGGAGCAAGUCCUUCGAGGCGAGCGUCCUGAGGUACCAGCAACCUGUCCAGCAUGCGGGAAUGCUGGAGCCACGAUGCAAAAGAGAGGCCUUCCUUCUCGGAUAUCUGCGAGCGCAGCCAGGUCAUCUUCCUCUUCUUCGUACUCGUCGUCUUCCUCGUCCUCGUCGCACAGCAGGACUCGAGUGAACCUGGAUUCUCCUGUCCAAGCACCUGAAGGGCUUUCAACCCAAAAUCCUCCAUCUCCCGUUGUCCAGCUGCUCAUCAAAGCUUUGUCAGCUCAGUUGGAGGUUAGCAUCCUGCCCGCCUUCAGUGAAUCAAUGCUCAUGGAAGUGGCCGAGCAAAUCAACACCAACUUCAAGGAAGACACUGCUCGCAGGUUGCUCUGGUUCGCCGAGAUCCUGUUCAUCUUGCUGUACGUCAACGUCAAUGGACAGACAUCACCUCGGAUGCAGAGGAUCUUGGAGGAGCUUUCACAGAACCUCCACGGCAUGAUGGCUAUAACACCGUCAAAGAGCGAGCUGGGGACGGAGCUGGCGGACGUGCUGAAAAGAACCAACGUGGGUCUUCGGGAAACUUACGAGAUAAAUAUCAAAGCACAAAGAAACUUCAUGGCACCAGAAGUGUGGACCAGCGAGCGCUACACGAAGAAGGCCGACGUUUACAGCUACGGGAUGCUGAGCUACCAGCUUGUCACUGGAAACACUCCGUUCAAGGUCGGGAUGGACAUGGAGCAAGUCCUUCGAGGCGAGCGUCCUGAGAUACCAGCCACCUGUCCAGAGUUCCUGUCGCAGCUCAUGCGGGAAUGCUGGAGCCACGAUGCAAAAGAGAGGCCUUCCUUCUCCGAUAUCUGCAAGCGGCUGAAGCAGCUCAAGUCCAGGAUCAUCACUGGCACCGUUGAAGCAGCCAGGUCAUCUUCCUCUUCUUCGUACUCGUCGUCUUCCUUGUCCUCGUUGCACAGCAGGACUCGAGUGAACCUGGAUUCUCUUGUCCAAGCGACUGAGAAGCUCUGGACCCAAAAUCCCCCGCCUUGUCGUGUCCAGCCGGUACCACACCGUCCUCACCAGGUCGCACCAUUACCAAAACCAGAUCAAAGGACCGAGCUCUUCGAACUGGUAAAGAACGGCCUCAUCAUAAACGCCUUCGAGAAAGCUCUGUCCCUGAACGAUCCUUCCAGUCUGGUGGCUUUGCACCAAGGUAGAGCAUACCGUGCUGCUUGUCUUCAGUGAAUCGAUGCUCA